AUGCACUUCUCAAAAGCAUUCACCUCGCUAGUCCUCAGCGUCAGCGCCGUCACCGCUGCGGUGCUGCCCAGACAAGUUAACAGCACUGGUCUUUCCAACACCACAUCCACCAACACAACACUACCACCUGUGUCUCUGGACUCAGAUGACUUCAUCAUCCGCGCUCAACAGCUUAACGACACUUCUAUCACCCUGGGUUACAUGUAUGCCGAAUAUGCCUAUCCUCCAGGCUACUAUGCAACUCUGAGACCCUCGAAGAGCGAUGCUAUCGUGGGCCACUUGACCGACACGACGAAUGCCAGCAACAGUAGCCUGGUCUUUGGACAUGAGAACCCUCAGGGCUUCGUGCUGUACCCCUUGGUUUCGUAUUCCAAUGCUUCGAUUGCGCAAAUCUUCUCGGGUCAGCAGGGAACCAAGGGUGUGUAUGUCAAUGAAGCUGGGAUUGUGGAUUGGGCAUCUCAGAGGGUGUCUUGGUAUGCUUGCGACCAGGCUCUCGAGUGGGGCAAAGCUACUGCUAUCUGGUAUCGCUUGACCAAUGUAAGAACGCCUCGCAACUGUGUCGAUAUUCAGUUGAUCGCGGAGUUUAUUUCCUCGUAG